CUUCCCCCCUCAUCUGCAAAACAACCAGCAGCAGCAGCAGCAGCAAAAGCAAGACUCCUGCGCCGCCGACUACAAGAGGGUUAAAAGUGUAGAUUGGAUUUCACCCCGGGAAAUCUAGCACACGGAGUGAACUUGAAUCUUUGGCUAUUUAAGGAGGACUGGAGUUUGUUGUGAAGUUGUGGUGAUCCAGAGCAGAGCCCCGUCCUGAUUGAUUUCAUCUUCCUUGAGUCUCAGAUGACUGUAAAAUGAAUAGAUGAAAUUAUUCCUUUUUGAGGCUUUUCUUAGGGGCUCUCCGGGCAGCGUGUUCUCAAAGCGAAGUCAUGAUGUAUUCUCCAAUCUGUCUCACUCAGGAUGAAUUUCACCCGUUCAUUGAGGCACUUCUUCCACAUGUCCGUGCAAUUGCCUACACUUGGUUCAAUCUUCAGGCUCGAAAACGCAAGUACUUUAAAAAACAUGAGAAACGAAUGUCAAAGGAUGAGGAAAGAGCAGUCAAGGAUGAGCUACUUAGUGAAAAGCCUGAAAUAAAACAGAAGUGGGCAUCCAGGCUCCUGGCCAAGCUGCGCAAAGAUAUUCGCCAAGAGUUCCGGGAGGAUUUUGUGCUCACAGUUACUGGGAAGAAGCACCCAUGCUGUGUAUUGUCCAAUCCUGACCAGAAGGGCAAGAUUAGGAGAAUCGAUUGCCUGCGACAGGCUGACAAAGUCUGGCGUCUGGAUCUAGUCAUGGUGAUCCUGUUCAAAGGCAUCCCCUUGGAAAGUACGGAUGGAGAACGUCUCAUGAAAUCCCCACACUGCACAAAUCCAGCACUUUGCGUCCAGCCACAUCACAUAACAGUAUCAGUCAAGGAGCUUGAUUUGUUUUUGGCAUACUACGUGCAGGAGCAAGAUUCUGGACAACCAGGAAGUCCAAGCCACAAUGAUCCUGCCAAGAAUCCACCAGUGUACCUUGAGGACAGUUUUGUGAAAUCCGGAGUAUUCAACGUGUCAGAACUUGUGAGGGUGUCAAGAACACCCAUAACCCAGGGAAGUGGAGUGAACUUCCCAAUUGGAGAGCUCCCGACCCAGCCAUAUUACCAUGAUAUGAAUUCGGGAGUAAAUCUGCAGAGGUCCUUGUCCUCUCCACCAAGCAGCAAAAGACCCAAAACUAUCUCCAUAGAUGAAAAUAUGGAGCCAAGCCCAACAGGAGACUUCUAUCCUUCUCCAAAUUCACCAGCUGCAGGAAGUAGGACAUGGCAUGAAAGAGAUCAAGAUAUGUCUUCUCCUACAAUGAAGAAACCUGAAAAGCCUUUGUUUAGUCCUACAUCUCCCCAGGAUUCUUCAUCAAGACUGAGCACUUUUCCCCAACAUCACCAUCCAGGAAUCCCAGGAGUUGCACACAGUGUCAUCUCAACUAGAACUCCACCUCCACCUUCUCCACUGCCAUUUCCAGCACAAGCUAUUCUCCCUCCUGCCCCAUCUAGCUACUUCUCUCAUCCAACGAUCAGAUAUCCUCCCCACCUGAAUCCUCAGGAUACUCUGAAGAAUUACGUUCCUUCUUAUGACCCGUCCAGCCCGCAGACUAGCCAGCCUAACAGCAGUGGUCAAGUAGUAGGGAAAGUGCCUGGCCAUUUUACUCCAGUUUUGGCACCCUCUCCCCAUCACAGUGCGGUGCGACCUGUGACCCUGACCAUGACAGAUACUAAACCCAUCACUACAUCCACUGAAGGUGAGGCAUCUUCACCUACAGCAACCACCUACACAGCCUCAGGCACAUCCCAAGCCAAUCGAUAUGUGGGACUAAGCCCAAGAGACCCAUCCUUCCUACACCAGCAACAGCUGAGAAUUUGUGACUGGACCAUGAAUCAAAACGGCAGGCAUUUAUACCCCAGUGCCAGUGAGGAUACAUUGGGAAUUGCUUGGCAAAGUCCUGGUACCUGGGCUAGCUUGGUUCCUUUCCAAGUAUCAAACAGAACACCGAUCCUGCCGACAAAUGUCCCAAAUUAUGGUUUGAACAUAAUUGGAGAGCCUUUCCUUCAAGCAGAAACGAGCAACUGAUGGAAACAAAAUUAAAAACAAAAUAAAUUAGAAAAAAAAAAAAAAAAAAAAAAAAAAAAAAAGAAAAAAGAAAAGAAGACAGUAUGAGAGAAGAACCUGAAGAAAAGAAAGAAGAACAAAAAUAGACCAGCAAUUGCAGCUCUUACAAUCACUAAUUCCCUUAUGGUUGAAACUGAAAUGAUAAACAAAGGGUCGAUGAUAUUUCACUGAUGGGUAGAAUGCAGCUCCUCCUAAGUAGCCUUUGUUAUAUGAAGUCCGCUGGGAAAUAGAUGUUCUGUCUCCGACAAUAUAUUUUAACUGACUUUCUAGAUGCCUUAAUAUUUGCAUGAUAAGCUAGUUCUAUUGGUUUAGUAUUCCUGUUUACGCAUGAGAUCACUAUUCCUGGUUAUCUCACAAAACAAAGGCUAGGCAGCAACAGCAGAGCUGCAGGAGGACGAGGGCCGUGAGCCAGCUGUUUUCUCAGCAGUCUGAUUUCUAAAUGUUUUUAAAAUAAGCUCUGUAGCCUUUAGUUAUCAGUAUGGAUUUAUUAAACUUUGGCCCUUAAUUCAGCCUUUUUUUAGUGUGUUAUGCCGUUUGAAAUUUUCAAUCAGUAUGAACACACAGGCUCUAUGGAAGAAAUGCCUCUAUGCAGGUAAAAGUGUUAUCUUCUCAUGCAACAGUAAAAAAAGAAAAGGAAAAAAGUGACAUUUUUCCCCACUAAGGAAACACUUACAGAGGCAAGUGCAAUUUAAAAAUCGUAUCUAAGAGGUCAUCACUAUAAGUCCUUCAGCCCUUGGACUCUAAAUUGAGGGGAUUAAAAAUAAAAAUAAAAAAUUACUUUGAACAAACUUAUUUUUCCCCUCAGUUUUUGAGGGCAUUAAAAGGCAUUAAGUCAAGACAAAUCACGUCCUUGAGAAUAAGAAAUCAAUGGAAACACAGCACUUAUGUUGGUUUAGCUGCUGCCUCUGCAGAGGGGUAGGAUUUAUUUAUUUAAAGUUACUUGUUGCAUCAAGAACCCAUAGGGUUUACAUGUUUCUGUAAAAUCUACAUCAUAGAGACAAAGACAUAGGCAAAUCCAUGUCACAAGGGCAAAGCUUACCGUUUACAAACUGGUAAUACCAGGAUGGGGAUAUGUUGUAUUUAAAUAAUGCACUCUUAAUGUAAGUCUAAUUACAGGGUGCUGUAAACUUGCAUGGUGCUUUCAGAAGUUAGCCUUGUUCAACAAUUUUCACAUAUUGACAGAAAUAUAAUGUGCAUGGGCAGACAUUUUGCCUCUAUGUCUCUUUAAAAAUUUAAAAUACUCUUUCCAGUAAUCCUAAUUUGCACGAAGAUAUAAUGUCCACAUUACGUGCCUUGCCUUGAAAUCUAGAAAAUGGAAAAAAAAAACAAAAAAAAGAAAAAAAAACUACAAAAAAAUUGACAUCACUACACUUGUUUUGCUGCAUUUAUUAUAAUUUUAAAUCUUUACCAUUUUUAUGACAAAAUAUUUUGUACUCCAGAUGCGAAAAAUGUGUGACAUCAUGGAUUUUUUAGACAGUUAUACCUUUAUCUCACAUUUAUAAAGCAUAUUGUGGCUGUGUAUAGUUGCCGCUUAAGAAUUGUAAUCGACCAGCAAUAUUUUCAGUAUUUUGGUGUUUUUUCUAUUAACCUUUCAUGUUUUUCAUCUUCCAAUUAAUAUUGGGGGGAGGGGAUACAAAUUUAUACGAAUUAUGCAAUACCAAGUUUUGCCUAUGUAGGUAGUGCUUUUAGCUGUAUUGGUUAUUAUAGGUAAGUACACAGAUUUAAAAAAAAAAAAAAAAAAAAAUGUAUGCUUUUUUUUGUUUGUUUUAAUUGACCAAAGUGGGUACUGCUAUUUUUGCAGUGUGAUGAGGUCCUUUUCUGUACUGAGAGGUGGACAGGGGAUUUUUUUUUUAUACAUACAUAUAUAUAUAUUCUGGGGUGGGGGGGAGGAUUUUUAACACUUUACAGUGUAGCUGUGAAGCAGUGCACCCUUAGCCAGGCAAGGGCUGCAAAGCAACUGUUCUGCCUACUGUGACAAAGUUUCAAAUCGGUUCCCUCUUUUUAACUUCCCACCUGGGGUGCAAGCUGAAAUCAUUUCUGGAUUUAAAAAAUAAAUAAUUAAUUCUGUUGGAGGCAGACUUGACUUGAGGAAAUUGUUUUACUUCAAGGUUUUUUUUCAUGGGAAAGUGAGACAGACAGAGAAAGAGGUCAAGACCCACAGUGAGAUGAAGCCUUUUCCAUUCUGGCAAAGAUUGUGCAUCUUGAAGUGUUCAUGCUAGAAAAUUUAGUUUUUAGCUCAGAAUGUCAAAGACAUUCACUUUGUCUAGGAAAUGCAAGUACAGGGCCAAAAUCUUUGCUGGCAUAAUUCCACUGACUCCAGUGGACUUGAGCUGCUCAAGCAAAGAAUUUGCCCCCCUUAUCCUGCUUGACUUUUUUCCUGAACAUAAUAUUUUUUAUAUAUUCCACUCCCCUCUUGCCCCACCAAGUUUCUCAAUUCAGCAUUUGAAUCACAAUUUUCAGCCUGUUUGGGCCAUGUUAGAAGUUUGCAGUCUUCUCAUAGAGCAGAUCAGAUGGAGACCUCUGGGGUGCAGUGGAGAAGGAGUUUCUUUAUGCAAGGAAUUAGACCACGGUGGAAAUAAAAUUGUGUUUCUGGAAAAAUCCCAUUUUGGAGACCAGUAGUGGACCUAUUGCUGGUGACCUCCUACCCACAAGGGAUCUUUGAAAUGUAUGGUUCAGCACAGGGUGAAGUUUUCUUUAAAGCACAGUCUUCUAUUAGGGUGAAAGCAGAGGAACAUGUAGUCACGUGGAUGGGAAAAUUCAUCUCUUUGCAGUUGUCUCUGUGUUUUAGUGGUUUUCCUACCCUGGAGCAGUCCCAGAGGCCCAGCUCCAGCAGCAGCCAUCCCAAUCAGCACUGGUCAGGGGCAUGCCACCAUCAGUCCCUUCUGGCUGCUGCUGUGGUUAAGAGCAAUAGUGGUGGCACAUCCCCGGUCUCCAGGAGGAGAGAGUGUGUAUGCAGGGCUUGAAUGGCUACAGGGACAGGAAUUGUAGCAAAAUAAACCUCUGAGAUCUAGCCAAACUAAAAACAAACAAACAAACAAACAAACAAACAAACAAACAAAAUUUAAAAAGAGGAAGAAAAAAAGAAAAAGAAGACAUAGAUGCAAACAGAAAUGCGGGGUUCCUGCAGUAAGUCAAUUUGUUUGCUAAGCACAUGGCAAAGUCUGCAAGACCCAAGCACAGUGCCUCAGGCUCUGGCCUGGGAAAACAAAGUGUUGUGCUGUCCUUUACACAUGUCAUGAUACAGAGCAGUUUGGGAGGAGAGCUGUGCAUGUCCUUCAUUAGUUCAAUUAAUAAGGUGUUCCCUGGAAGCUUUUAAUAGUACAUUGGGACAAAACUGGAAAAAGUUCAAGCUUCAACAUGAAAUAUGCAGAAUGGUGGAUAUUCCUUCCCCUUUGUAGGAAGAUAGAUGCCCUUAACAGAGCUUUUUUUUUUUUUUUUUUUUUUUUUUUUGGUCUGGCCUCCUGUAUGAAAAAAAGCUGAGCUUGAUGAUGCAAUUUUUUACAGAAGUAAACUCCUUCUUUAAACUGUUAUUCAGCAACUGUGGGUUUUUGUCACCUGCCUCUCUAAUAGAAAAGCCUGCUUGGAAGAUAAUGAACUUUUCAUUUACUGUAUGCUUGGUUUUAGGUUGGCUUUGUUGGUUGUUUUUGUUUUUUAGGCUCAGCAGUCAAAAGAUUAAGAUAAGAUUGAGAACUCAAAUCCAGUCUCUGGCCUCCUCCUUCACCAGGAAGUGUAUUCUGACUAAAUCGAGCCACCCCGUUCUAUGUGCACUGUUCUGCCUUUAUUAAGUUGCUUUGCAGCCCUGGCCUCAUGGCUGUGCCACUGAAGUGUGUUUCCCCUGGAGUGACAUGAACGCUUGAGGCUUGACUAAGAAAAAAAAAAAAAGGCAGUGAAGGAGACUGUACAUAAAGACAUGGCAAAAAUAUUAAUUAUAGCAAUAUAGUUGUGGGGUGAUGUUCAGGUGGGCAGCUCCAUUGAAAAUAUGUGAAUGAGUUUGUGAAGCUGCAAGUAGCAAGAAGAAAGGAUGAUCUUCUGAAUAAACCGCCUACCUUGUAGACAGUAAUUUGUACACUGUAUAGUUUUGUUAAGAAUUUUUUUUUUUUAAUUAAAAUACCCUUGUUUGUAAAGCUAACUUUUUAACAAUUAUAAUGGAAACGUGUUUCCAUUUUUAAACAAGAAUAUUCUUUGUUUAGAAACUGGACUUGGGUUAAAACUCUCCAGCUUCUUAAUUUAUGUAUUAAAAAAGAAUCUGUCCAUGUUAGGAGUUAUUUCGCAGAUUUCCUGUGCUUGAAAAGCAUAGGUUACUAAUCCUUUAAAAAUGUAAAUGGAGAAAAGUUAUAUUUUAUGAAGGUUAUUUUGUUGUAUCUAGUAUUGGAAAAGUUGGUUUUCAGAGCAUUUCAAAAUGUUGGAAGCACCACUGUCUUUUUUAUUAGUAUAUAUGGCCUUUAGCAAAACUUUUUGUGAUUGUUACAUGAUGGUAUUUAAGAUUAGGUUCACGGAGCUAUUCAGGAUAGGCAGAGAGCUAAAACAGUACUUAAGUCUCACACAGCUGUGUCCUCAGGGAGCAGAAUUUUGGAUUUGCAACUUGUAGCUUCAUAAGGACUUAAUGAAAGAGAUUGCACAAAGACAUCUGUGACACCGGAGUGUGUUCUGUAUCUAAAACUAAAUUAUAUGUACUGUGUGAGAUUAUGAAGGCUGCAGAAAGUUAUCCCAUAUUCAGUGUACAGUUUUCACUUGUAAUGAAAAAACUCUCUAAUGUUGCUGGCAGUAAGGCCCCAAGCAUGACAUCCUUUAUGGUUUACAUGAUCCUGUCAAGGUCUUUUGUUAACGCUAACAAGCUGUAUGCUCCUGGAUUUUUUAAUUGGGUUUAUAUAGAAAACUUAUUUUAAAAAAAGAGUAAAAUCCUAUGCCAGCAAAUCAAGUUAAACAGGAAAGGCUCAAAGCUGAAUGUUCUUCUCCAUGCUGAAGGAGCCGAAAACUGCCUCCUUCUUAUUUGCACUUUCUGCUAGUUCCCCAGUUUUAUUAGUUCCUCAAAAGUGUGUGGGUGUAGUGGAGCACUGCAGUUGGAGGAUAACAUGGACCACUGAUUUUGCCCUUUAACCCUGCACAAUGACCUUUGCAUCAGCCAAACUUAUUGCCAUGACAACUCUUUGUACUGUUUCCAUGCCACAGCUCUGUUGGUCACGUUGUCAAUAGUAAAGGGGACAAGUUGGAGACGGUCAAUUUUUACAUUUUUUUUUUGUUGCAAUUUUUUCUUCAAUGGUUGUAAGUAGUUGUUUGGUUUUUUUUUAUGAUAAAAGGGUUCACUAGUUAGUACUCUUUAGAAAUAUCUGUGUGUUGCAAUUCAGAUGUAUGUUGAAUUUGUGAAAAGGGCUUCAGUGCCACUAGCAUCAUGAUAUCCUAGAAUAAGCCUUUGAUAUUUUCAUUGCAUGAU